AUGCCGCUGAACACCCUUCUGCCUAGCUCGGCUACCCCUACGAAGCGAGAGAGAAGAAGUAAUACGGCAGCAGCCGCUGGGUCAUACUACCUUUGUUCUGUUAAUUCCAUCAUGCCUGGACGACAAGCGUGGGGAGAUGAUGACGAUGACGACUACCUGCCCCCUCGGCAAGAGUCGGCGGUGGACUCUAACGGCGUCAAGAGCAUCGUCGAGUACCACUUCAACGCCAAUGGUGCAAAGGUGAAGCGGACCACUAAGGUCAAGGUCUUCACGGAGCACACGCGAGUGCACAAGUCUUGCCUGGAGCGCACGCAGUGGAAAAAGUUCGGUCUCGCGGCGCAGGUGGACGACAACGCCAGCCACUCCAUGAAGUCGAUGGAGGAGAUCCGGAUGGAGACGCCGCAGGAGUCGCGAGAGGCCGACGAGAAGCCCAACAGCAUGGAGGACACGUUGAAGGAGGCCAUGGAGCGCAUGAGGCGGAAGCAUGCCAUGAGGACGGCGGGCCUGCUGGAGUCCACCAAUGAGGCGGCGCCUCCGGAGGACGAAGCGCGGCAUGGGCAUGAUGGGCCUGGGCGUGGGAGGGGCCGGGAAGUACGUGCCCCCCAGUCGUAAGGUGGGCUUCUCCGGCCGGGGGGAGUCUGGGCCUGAGGGUGCGGCCAACCCCAUGGCCAUGGGCGAGGACCACACCAAGAUCAGGGUGACGAACAUCAGUGAGGACACUACGGAGGGUGACCUUAAAGAUCUAUUCAGCGCCUUCGGCAGGAUCAAUCGGGUAUACCUGGCGAAGGAUCCCGAGACGAUGCAGAGCAGGGGGUUCGCGUUCGUGUCGUACUACCAGAAGAGCGACGCAGAGUCGGCCAU